UCCAACGAAGCUACUAAUUGUUCAGUGAAGUGAACUAGCAACAGAAAGAUUGUUUAAAAAGUUUAAACUUUUGAAAGAAAUCCAAGUGCCUUCCUCCCUUGACAAUAAUUUAGAAUCAUUCCUUAUCCCAAUUUGUGUAUAUAGAAAUAAUAAAAUGUUCGUUGAGACUUGUAUUGCUCCCGUUAAUAUUGCAUUAAUAAAAUAUUGGGGAAAGCGAGAUGAAGAUUUAAUUUUACCCAUAAACGACUCACUAAGCAUGACUUUGAGUACAGAUGAGAUGUGUGCCAAAACAACUGCAGCUGCAUCGGAUAAGUUUGAGAAAAAUACAAUGUGGCUUAAUGGAGAGGAAGUUCCAUUCGAGGAGAAUCCCAGAGUUAUGAGAUGUAUCCAAGAAUUAAAGCGAUUAGCUUCGAAGAAGCCUUCUCCCAAGUUUCCCGUUGAAUGGAAGCUAAGAAUCUGUUCGAAGAAUAAUUUUCCUACAGCAGCUGGGCUCGCGUCAAGUGCUGCUGGCUACGCUUGUCUUGUCUACACUUUAGCCUGUUUGUAUGGAGUCGAUCAGGAGGAGCUAACAUCAAUCGCCAGGCAGGGAAGUGGCUCGGCUUGUCGAAGUCUAUAUGGAGGCUUUGUCAAAUGGCAAAUGGGCAGCAAAGAUGAUGGAUCCGAUUCGAUAGCUGUAUCUGUUGCCCCAGCAACCCAUUGGCCAGAAAUGCGUGUUCUUAUUUUGGUAGUUAAUGAUUCCAAGAAGAAAACUGCCUCUACCAAAGGAAUGCAACGAGCUGUGGUUACCUCAGAUCUGAUUAAACAUCGAGCUGAACAAUGUGUCCCGAAAAGAAUCUCAGAAAUAACUGCUGCUAUUGAAGCUAAGGAUUUCGAAAAGUUUGCCGAAAUCACAAUGAAGGACUCGAAUCAAUUUCAUGCCAUUGCAUUGGACACUUAUCCCCCGUGCGUUUAUAUGAACGAUGUCUCUCAUGCUAUCUCAGAGUUUGUUCAUGCAUUUAAUGAAGCUGCUGGGAGCACCAAAGUUGCCUAUACAUUCGAUGCAGGUCCAAAUGCGUGCCUUUAUUUAUUAGAAGAACACGUAUCCCAAGUCUUGGAAGCUGUUCAACGUUCUUUCCCAUCAGAUUGCAAUUCGAAUGAGUAUUUAAAAGGAAUACCAGUUAAGCAAAAUUCCAAUAAUUCUGAAAUUUUGCUAAAAGACUCGAAGCCAUAUGGACAGAAUCUCUUAAAAUAUGUCAUACACACGAAAAUUGGUACUGGUCCAAAAUUAUUGUCCAAAGAUGAAUCUCUGAUAAGCACUGAUGGACUUCCAUUGUGAUGACAACAAAACAAAACGACAAAAUAUUUAUUUGUUAUUUAUUUAUUUAUUUAUUUAUUUUUGGUGAAAUGUGGAAAGUGUUUAAAAUGGGAUUUAGCGGGGAAAGGUACAUUAUAAAAGAGAUGUUUUUAUAUACAUUCAAUAAAAACGGUAUUUUUUGAUACAGUGAUUUUAUCAAUUAAUUAAAUUUGA